CGUGGACAUUAGUGAAUCCGAGCGAAGUGCGCAUGCGCGUUGCCGUUCUACGCAAAAACUGCGGUUUAUUGCGAUUUCAUCCCGGAAAGACUGUCGAAUAUCGGUAUUUUUCAUGCUCCAUCUCUGUUCCUGAAGAGACCUGCUACAUUUAACCCCGAAACCCAUUUUGCGGUGUUUGUGGGACUGUGACUGAGCAUGAUGGGUGCUCUUGGGAACAGUCGACGUGGCGGUCGCUCUCCGCCUUUGCUGGUGGCGGCUCUCAUCGCCUGCGUCCUCCUGCUCGGCUUCAACUACUGGGUCUCAAACUCAAGAAAUGUCGAGCUGCAGAGUAGGUUGUUGGAGAUGGAGAGCCGCAUGAGGCAGCUGGCUGCAGACAGAGACAGAGAGCAGGAGAGCAAGCUGAAGGCCGAGGACAAGAAGCGCAGACAGGACGAUCAGCUGGAGUUAAUGCAGGAAACACACCAGAGACAGCAGGAGAACGCUCUCAACACCUGGAAACACGAAAGAGAGAAUCUAAAGCUCAACAUUUCCUCCAGUGCUAAAACGGUGCAAGAGAUGAAGAAUCGAAUGAAGUCAUUAAUGGAGGAUGUCAAUAAAAUGCAGAGCGAGCUGAAAUCCUGUCAAAGUAACAUGGACACAAUCAGUAAGAAAGCCUCCAGUGAAAUGACUCAGUGUAACAAACAAAUUGAGGCCAUGAAAGAGGAAUGCAAUGCAAACAUCGCAGCUGGCAAACUGGAAAAGCACAAAACAUCUGAGAAAGUUGCUCCACAGAAUGCUGAUGGUUCCAUGCAGAAAGUCAAAGCCAAAUCUGAUGUUCCCGCUACAAACCAUUCAGAUAAGAAUGAGGCAGAAAUUCCAAAAGGCAAACCAGAUGUGGAUUCAAAGUCUAAAAAGGAUGCUCACAUCCAAACCAAUGAGUUAGUUGUGGAAAGGGAUGAGAACGAUGCUGUAGUUUUACAAGACUCUCCCAUUCCCACCUCCAAACGAACCAAUAAGAAUGAGACUCGUAACAAACCAGCCAAUGAAGAAGUUCCAAAAGCAGAGGUGGACGUUAAAGCGCCAGCUGCAAAGAAUGCAGAUACUGUAAUGGAUGAAGCAGGGAUUUUAGACCCAAAGGAAGAUGACAUGGGGAUUGGAGACGAGAAUGAGGAAGAUGCCAAAAUCGAGGACAGGAAAGAGGAAGACGCAGCAAUUGGGAAAGAAGAUGCCAUUAUGUACGACAAUGAGGGCGAGAUAGAAAAACAGCUCUCCAGGAUUAAAGAUGAAAAUCUAGGUGCUGGUCAAGAUCUAGAGGAUGAUGUGGCAAAUUAUAACGGUGAUGAUGACAACCAACCGGAGUCUGAGGAUGAGAAGCAGGAAGAGCUUGCAGAGAUGUAGUUCCUGGUCACAUGAUGUGCCUGCUGACAGCAACCAUCCCUCAGCUAAAGACUGUCACAGACUCUCAUUAGUGGCCGUUCUGAAGCUCCCGGCGGUGGGAAAGGACACCUGCUGUAAAGACUGAUUUGUGCUGGAUGAAUACUGUGUACUGAAGGAUACAAGUUCAAAUCUCAUACGCCUUACCAGGACAGGCAUGAUGAAAACAUUCUUUUUCUAGUCCUGAUUUUAGGUUAAACUUGAAUGUAACUACUACUCUUCUGAUAUCGAGCCUUUAAAUGAAUGCAUCAUGGUGGAUUUUCCUUCUUAAGCGAAAGAUGCUUUGUUUUUUAACAAAAUCAACAGCUGUUCUGUUACAAAAGCUACUUUAUCUUGUCUUCAUGGUUUAUGUUCUGUUUUGAUGUCUAAACAUUUUAGCAGCUGAAAAUUGCAUAGGAAUAUUAGAUGUUUAGACUGAAAAAAGCACUUAUCACUCAUUUAACAGUGAAAACAGGGCAAGUAUUUUAUUUGCUGUAAAAUGUUACUUUUAUGUUAAUGUAAAGAAUUGCAUUUAAAUUUAUUUUAACAUUUAAUGUUGGGAACUGGAAUUUUAUUUUAUUAAGAGAAAUGGGUUUCUUACUGAAUUUAUGAUCUUAUAAUAAAUAUUUCUGUUGCA